AUGGCCAACACCUGGGUUGAACACUUCCCUCACACCGCGUCCAAGGUUCUGGACGAAAUGGAUAGCACCCUCGGGUUCAAACUGUCCAGCAUUAUAUCCGAUGGCCCGAACUCCGAGCUCAACCGAACGGAAAAUUCACAGCCUGCAGUCAUGGCAAUCUCAGUCAUGAUACUUCGUAUUCUGGAGCAGGAGUUUGGAUUCGAUACUAAAUCUCGGGUCGGUGUGACGCUUGGACAUAGCCUCGGGGAGUUCUCUGCAUUGGUUGCCGGAGGCUAUCUUGAAUUCGGAGACUCUUUACGAUUAGUUCGCCAUCGUGCGGAAAUGAUGGCCGAGUGUACGCGCCAGUUAACCGAGCAAUCCGGUGAAACAUAUGGCAUGGUCGCACUUCUCUGUCAUCCCGAGCACCUGGAAGGUUUGCUUCACACGGUUCAGCAAUUCGUUGGCUCCCAAUCACCGGGUAUUGAAAUCGACGGGGAUAAUCGCAUCUCAUCAAUUCAACAAGUGGUCGUCGCAAACAUCAACUCAAAAAAUCAAAUCGUACUAAGUGGUAGUAUUGAACGAAUCAGAAUCCUUCUCGUGCAAAUGCGUCAGUUUGGAGGUUACGACCCACGGGCUGUCAGAUUGAAGAGUAACUGCCCGUUUCAUAGCCCUGUUAUGGCGCUAGCUGCAGAUUAUAUGAGAGAAGCUGUCGAGAAGAUCAACAUCACAUUCCCGGCACCAAUCCCAUGCAUAUCAAAUGUUACUGCCUUGCCCUUCCAGUCUAAGGCAGACAUUAAAGACCUCCUCUCAAGGCAGUGCACGGACACAGUCAGAUGGUGGGAUAGCAUUCGCUAUCUUCAUCAGGAACGAGGCGUGAGGCGGUGGAUCGGAAUUGGACCAGGGAAGGUUGGCAGGAAUUUGGUUGGCAAAGAGGUCGGAAGAGUUGACACCAAAGGUGGUGGCGUAUGGGCUAUUUCCGAUCCUCGUGAAAUGGCAGAGAUCAUGGUUGCCCUGGAGCAGACUGAAGCCGAAGCCGAAAAUGAAGACUACCAACGCGAAUCAGCAUGA